AUGUCCAGCUUCAACUGGAAACCGUUUGUAUACGGCGGGCUGGCUUCUGUGACGGCGGAAUGCGGUACAUUCCCAAUCGACUUAGCCAAGACACGUCUUCAGGUUCAAGGCCAAGUAGGCGACAGUAAAUACCGAGAAAUCCGGUACCGGGGUAUGCUGCACGCCAUGGUCAGGAUAGUACGAGAGGAGGGCGUUCGAACACUGUAUUCAGGGAUCGCUCCCGCCAUGCUGCGCCAGGCAUCCUACGGGACCAUCAAAAUUGGCACAUACCAGAGCUUCAAGCGGUUGCUGGUUGACAGGCCCGAGGAUGAGACACUGUUGACGAAUGUGUUGUGUGGCAUUCUCUCCGGGGUCAUCUCUUCCUCCAUCGCCAACCCCACGGAUGUGCUGAAGAUCCGCAUGCAAGCCCAGGGAAAUGUGAUCCAGGGCAGUAUGAUGGGCAACUUCAUCAACAUCUAUCAGGAGGAAGGGACCAGGGGACUUUGGAAGGGUGUGUCUCUGACUGCUCAGCGAGCGGCCAUUGUCGUCGGAGUCGAACUGCCGGUCUAUGACAUCACCAAGAAGCACCUGAUUCUGUCGGGUCACAUGGGCGACACCGUGUACACGCAUUUCUUGUCUAGUUUCGUGUGUGGUCUUGCUGGAGCGUUGGCUUCCAACCCUGUGGAUGUCGUCCGAACACGUAUGAUGAACCAGAGAGGAGGAGCUUUGUACCAGGGAACACUGGACUGUCUGCUGCAGACGUGGCGCUCCGAGGGCUUCAUGGCCCUCUACAAGGGCUUCUUCCCCAACUGGCUCCGUCUGGGCCCGUGGAACAUCAUCUUCUUCCUCACAUAUGAGCAGCUCAAGAAGAUCAACAUCUGAGUGGCGUAGCGUCCAGAAAUGUUGAAUAUGAGCACAAGUUUCCGAGACGAGAGGACCAAAAUUAUCUGGACUGGGAUGGAUCCUUGACGGAACCGCCGGGUCCGCAGGAAUUGAUGGACACCCUCGUUUGCCGUGGCAUGGAGUCUUGUGUGGGCUACGUGUUUUUCCUCAAGCCUGCUGUGGCUUAUGUGGGAAAAAUGGCUGCGACUUCCGCAAAGGGACGCUUUGGAAUUUGAUAUUUUUAGCUCACGCGAAAUGCUUCGUUAAGAAUCAACCGACAGAUUCAUGUACCAACACUCCGCCCACUUCCGGGACGCCACAGUGGCCUCUGUUCAUACGUGAAUGUCUGAGGCUUGAAUGUCACCAGAAUAAUGUUCAAUUUCAAAGCGGCCUUAAAUUUUGCCAGUAGAGGGACGUUGCACAUGUUUGAGAGCAGCUGACAAUCACUGCAGUCAUUCCCUUUCGAAAUAGCAAGAGUGCUUUUAAGUCAACACACUUGGACUCGUAUUUUUUCCAAAUAUAUUUCUAAAUUGAGAGCAAUUUAAGCAAGAAAACUUUGCGUUAUUGAAAGCAUCCUGAAGCUGGAAACCUCUGUUAGCUAGUUAGCUAGUAGGACCGUGCAUCUUUUAAGACCAGUUGAAUUUGAAUGAAUUUACAUUUUGCACUUUUAGAUUAAAAGUUAGCUUAAAAUGUACAAAAAGAAGAAAUGGGGAGUGAGACAAAAAAAUGGAGUAAGCAAUUUCCUGCAAGCUAGCAUUAAAGUGAAAUUGGUUAUUCAUCAUCCGAUUAAAAGACCACAGCUAAAAAAAAAAAAUCCUAACAUAGACACACCCCCCCGGAACAUCUCCAAAUAGCCACUUUUCGUUUGACGCCCCUGCACAAGCUGAAACUAAAUUUUUCCAUUGAAGGAUCGCGACAGGACCCCCCUCUUCAAAGUGCCGUAUGGAAAACAGAUGCUGAUUGUUAUUGGACUGCAAUUAGAUAUUUUGGAGGUCAUAUUUUUUGUUCCAUGAACAUCAGGAUCAGGAGGUCUUGCUUAUGAAGCUCAACAAUCCGACCACCUUUUUUUUGCCUUUGCCAUCAAGAGAUGGCAAAAAAAAGACAUUGAAUCCACUUUGAAAAGGAUCGAGUGUGCGUUUUUUUCACAAAUAUAUUUUGAAAUUGAGAGCAAUUUAAGCAAGAAAACAUUGCGUUAUUUAAAGCAUCCUGAAGCUGGAAACCUUUCAGUUAGCUAGUUAGCUAGCAGGACCCUGCAUCUUUUAAGACCAGUUGAAAACGUGAAUUAAUUUACAUUUAUUUUGCACUUUUAGAUUAAAAGUUAGCUUAAAAUGUAAAAAAAGAAGAAAUGGGGAGUGAGACAAAAAAUUGAGUAAGCAAUUUACUGCAAGCUAGCAUGAAAGUGAAAUAGGUUAUUCAUCAUCCGAUUAAAAGACCACAGCUAAAAAAAAAAAAAUUCUAACAUAGACACGCCCCCCCUGCAACAUCUCCACAUAGCCACUUUCCGUUUGACACCCCUGCACAAGCUGAAACUCCCUUUUUCCAUUGAAGGAUCACGACAGGACCCCCCUCUUCAAGGUGCUGUAUGGAAAACAGAUGCUGAUUGUUAUUGGACUGCAAUUAGAUAUUUUGGAGGUCAUAUUUUUUGUUCCAUGAACAUCAGGAUCAGGAGGUCUUGCUUAUGAAGCUCAACAAUCCGACCACCUUUUUUUUUUGCCUUUGCCAUCUAGAGAUGGCAAAAAAAAUUACAUCGAAUCCACUUCGAAAAGGAUCGGGUGUGCGCUUUUUUCCCCAAAUAUAUUUCUAAAUUGAGAGCAAUUUAAGCAAGAAAACUUUGCGUUAGUGAAAGCAUCCUGAAGCUGGAAACCUCUCAGUUAGCUAGUUAGCUAGGAGGACCCUGCAUCUUUUAAGACCAGUUGAGAACUUGAAUGAAUUUACAUUUUGCACUUUUAGAUUAAAAGUUAGCUUAAAAUGUAAAAAGAAGAAAUGGGGAGUGAGACAAAAAAUAUUCAUCAUCCAAUCAAAAGACCAAAGCUAAAAAAAAAAAUCCUAACAUAGACACGCCCCCACUGGAACAUCUCCACAUAGCCACCUUCCGUUUGACGCCCCUGCACAAGCUGAAACUCACUUUUUCCAUUGAAGGAUCACGACAGGACCCCCCAUCAAGAGAUGGCAAAGGCAAAAAAAAACAGCUGAAACAAGCCAAUUUCCGUUUGACUCCCCUACACAAGCUGAAACUCACUUUUUCCAUUGAAGGAUCACGACAGGACCCCCCUCUUCAAGGUGCCGUAUGGAAAACAGAUGCUAUCUGAUGGAUAUUGGACUGCAAUUAGAUAUUUUUGGGGGUUAUUUUUUAUGAACAUCAGGAUCAGGAGGUCUUGCUUAUGAAGCUCAACAAUCCGACCACCUUUUUUUUUUGCCUUUGCCAUCAAGAGAUCGCAAAAAAAAUGAAUUGAAUCCACUUUUUUUGUGGUCUCAAACCUUUGAUCUGGUGAUGAACAACCUGUUUCAACUGUAAAUUGCUUACUCAAGAUUAUUUUUGCAAGAUCCAAUAGUACAAUUUUACAUCUGGUCUGAACAUUUUGAUAAGGAAUGUAUUUGCGUGGAUAUUUGUUUACCGCUUAUUUGCACUACAAUUGCUGUUACCGCCAACUAUAACCUUUUCUUCCAUUGUUUAUUUUCUAUAUCUCCUGGCUUUACUGUUCCUUGCUGCCAAAUUUGCAAUAAUGUUGUCUUUUAAAUGUUGUUGCAAAGGCUGCUGGAUGGGUGUUAAAUAAUAAUAAAUAAUUUAAAAAAAGAGUUGUUGCAUUUCCGUCCUUUCACCACAGUGUGGCGCUGUGUAGCUUCCACCCAGUUCAUUCCAGAGCCCACUUCACAAUCCCCACCAGCCCUCAUCUUUGAGGCCAC